UGGCUCCUGGUCCCGUUAACUCACCGGCGUUGCGGUCCCGGUAGAUUCCCCGCAUUGACUCGUGAUGAGUUCAGCAGCAGCAGAGGAGGUGCGCGGAAAGAAAACAUGGGCACACUCCACUCGGGUUUCAGCCGAUGACGUAGCGGCCUGUAAACUCAACAAGAUAAUUUACUGUAUUUACAUUUCUGGAUCAAAGAGAGCUCGCGAGGGGGUAGGCCUACUUCCUACCGGCAUUUUCUUUUUAUGUUUUAAAAAUAUUCCUUAUAUAUGCUGCGUACGCGAAUAUCUGACAAUGAUCUUCCAAGACCACUGAUUUAGCCCUAUUUAUCCAACAAUCUGAUCAUAUGUUCAGAGAAGAAUUUCUGGAAGAAGAUGAGGAACCACCUUUGCUGCUCAGCUCUUGUCCUUCUCACGGUGUUUGGCUCUGGAGGGACUGUAGCCGUGCAGUGUCGGUGGGGGGAGGGGUGUGUGUGUCUGGAGUGCCCCAGUGGCCAGGAGCCAACCAAGGCUUGCGGGCAGGUCGAGGGGCCAGACGAGGUGGUGCAAUGCCAGUCUUGUCCAGCUGGCACGCUUUCGGAUGCCAAUGACUCUGAUCAAUGCCGCCCACACUCCUCCUGCGGGGUCCUCAACAAAAAGGUUGUGACCUCUGGUACCUCACACUCUGAUGCUGUCUGCGGAGACUGUCUGUCUGGGUUCCACCCCACUGCUGUGAGUACAGCCUCCAUCCUGGCCUGUGUGAGAGCUCCCCCCUAUCUCUCCCCAGCCCCCCCUGCCCAGUCUACCCAUGUGCGUGCGGUGCGUACGGUGGGUAAGGGUGCGGCAGGCAGUGGCGGGCUGCCGGUGAACGGUACGGCAGUGCAGAGCCCGGAGGAGAAGAGUGCAGACUAUGCAGUGUUCGCCCUGGUGCCAAUCUUCUGUGUGAUGGGACUCCUGGGGAUCCUUAUCUGUAAUAUCCUCAAGAAGAAGGGAUACCACUGCACUGCUGAGAAGGAGGGAGGAGACGAGGAGAAUGCUACACCACAGAAAGAGGGUAACGGUUGUCCCUACAUCGUAGACGACCCUAAUGAAGACACCAUCAGUGUUCUGGUACGGCUCAUCACAGAGAAGAAAGAGAAUGCUGCUGCCCUGGAGGAGCUUCUGCAGGAGUAUGAGAGUAAACAGAUGGCCAUCAGCAAAGCCUCCUCAAUCAAGUUCCCGGUGCUGUCUCCUCUGACUCAGUUCCUCUCCUUACCCAGACUGUGUCCCCACCAGUCCCACCUCCACACCAUCUCUGGUCUGUCUGGCCCCCGACACUGCUGCUCCCGCUGUGUCCAGAAGAAAUGGCCCCCCAUCCUCCUGCCCCCCCUCGGCCCCCUCAAACCCCCACAGUCCCUCUUGUUACCCCCUCUGGACCUCCAGCCCCUCCAGAACACCCCUCUCCUGCCCCCCAUGGAUACACACCACUCCACCCCUAAGAUCUCCCAGACCCCCAGCCCUGGGUCAGAGUCACUCCCUGACGGAGAGUGGAGGAUGCCUGGGAAGGUAACCCGGUCUGUUGGGAGGUUCCAGGUGGCUCAGAUUCAAGAGCAGAGGCCUGGUUCCAUGGAGACGACGUUCCGACCAGAGUCUAGUAACUCAGACUCAGUGGAGGAUACAUCUCUGCUGGGGGGGAAAAAGUCAUCAUCAUCACCAUCAUCUUCAUCAUCAUCAUCAUCAGCUGCCAGGGGUACACAGGAGGUUAACAGCUAAACAUUCGCAGAGAGGACUGCUGGG